AUGACGACUUCGUCCAAGAGAAGCAGAAGAUCUGAACCGGCAGCCUCAGCCGAACCCAUAGAGUUCAGCAAGGAUCAGUAUUCCAUUCUCAUGGAGAUCAAGGAUCAGCAUGAGCUGAAGGCACCUGUAGAGAUGAAGACGCCCUAUAGAAACAGGGACAAAAGUAAGUACUGUCAUUUCCACAAAGAUUGUGGUCAUGAGACGAAUGAGUGUAAGCACCUGAAAAGAGCAUUGGAAGACUUAGCCCGCAAGGGUAAAAUGAACUCUUAUCUACCUCAGUCAAGUAGAAAAUUCCAGAAGAAAGACAAACGUCAGGGAAGAAGGAAAGAUGACGAGAGCACUGAUGAAGAUGUGGUGAUGGUAAUUUCUGGAGGAUUUGCAGCCGGAGGUCCUACAACUCGCGGCCACAAGAAUUAUUUGCGGGAACUCAGCCAGGUGAUGCUUACCAACCAGGCCGAAUCCGAUCCUUUUCCCAAAAUUAUGGUUAGCGAGCAGGAUCAAGGGAAGAUAAGAACGCCACAUGAUGACCCACUGGUGGUAGAGAUGAAAAUUGUAAAUCUUAGGGUAAGACGGAUCCUGAUUGAUACCGGAAGUUCUACCAAUAUCAUUAGUGCGGAUUGUCUAUCAAGAUUGAAGUUUGAUGAAAAUGAUUUAGCUCCGGUCAAUCAUCCUAUUAUCGGCUUCGGCGGAGGAGUUAUUCAUCCCAUGGGGACAGUUACCCUACCCGUCAGGGUGGGAGAUAAAGAGGCUGCUCGAACGCUUUUUGUGAAAUUCCUGGUAGUACGAGAUCUGACAGCUUACAAUGUCAUCCUCGGACGACCUACCUUAAAUCACAUUAAAGUCGUCAUUGUAACUCACCUGAUGCUCAUGAAAUUUGAGUGUGACGGUGGUAAAAUUGGAUCUUUGUAUGGAGACCAUCAGGCGGCAAGGGAAUGUUAUCUUACCACUUUGAGACUAUCAUCAUGGAAGGAGAAAUCAGAGCGGCCAAAGGCCAUGGAGGAUGAACCGGCCGAGAAGGUAAAACGUCAUGUAAGCGAGUUGAAGCAAGAAGUAGAAAAGGCACAAAUGAAGCCCUUUCCAAAGAGCAAACCGUGA